UUAAUUGUCCAUAUUUCAAUAUACAACGCCUUCUGUUCAUUGGUUUAUUUUCUGAAACAAUGCCUUCCAAAAAUUUUCCUCUAAAUGUAAAAGAGUUAUUGAAGAUACAAGAGAUUUAUUGUAUUAUUUAUAAUUUUUAUGUCAAUACUUUUGGUCCCUUAUAACUUUAAAUUUAGUGUACUUUGUUGUGUAGUGUAAAAGUUGUUCAUGUUUUUUAUUUUUAUUGUUUGUUUUUCGUUUAAUUUUACUGUAAGUUUAUCAUAUUAUUUAAGUUCAUUGUGUUAGUUUGUCGUAUAAUUCUGUUAAGAUUUUUUUUUUCACAUUAAUGUUUAAGCUGAUGGUCAGUGUAGCUAAAGCAUCAAUAAAGAAAAAAAAAAUUGUGUAAUCUAUGAUGAAUGAAUGAUGGCCUUCAAAUUAUAUCAGUAGUUUGUGUUCAGACAAAGAUUAGAAUAUUAUACUGGAAAUGUUCAGAUUAUAGUAUAAACUGCUCUUGAAAGGAAAGUACUUAAAUUUAAUUUCUAUGAAAAUAUGACUUUCAAAGUGACGUGUUUUAGUGUUUAUUUUGGUAGAUGACUUAAUGAUAGGUAUAGAUAUUAUUGUAGUUAAAAAUUACUUCUAUUGUUAUCAAAAUGUGUACGAUACCACCAGCUCCACCAUUACCGCCUCGGCCGCCACCAGUACUUUCUGAUAAUCAUUCUCCAACAGAGUUGACUAAAAUCGACAGCCAAAAUCCAUCAUAUGACUACUCAGGUCUUUGCGAAUGGGCAUCAGAGCAGCCCUGUUUGUGGGAAGUGUGUAUUAAAUAUAACCUGUGUCUCAAAAGCGCACCAUAUCGGUAUAAGUUUAACAAUUGCAACUCUAUUCUACAAGUUGGCCCUACCUGCGGAUUAGCUGCUCUCUCAAUGUUAGUUAAGGGAAAAGUGACAGCUGAUAAAAUUCUAAAUAUAGCGAAAUUAGAGGGCUAUAGUAACAAUGGAGAAAUGUUUAGCUGUAUCAAUAUGGCCAAACUUGCAGAAAAGGUGUUCAGUUUAGCUGAUUUUAAUAAUGUCAAAUGUUAUAUAAGAAAUGGUGGACUAGUAAGCAAAGAAAUUAUAGAUAAAAUGUUAGAAGGUGCAGUUUUAUUAGUGCCUUAUGAUGCAGAUUGUAAUCAUUCACCAUGCUUAAAAAAUGGACACACUGCACACUGGGGUAUAAUUUGUGGAAUUAUCAUCAUCAAGGAUGCAGGAGAAUUCUAUGAUUCUUGUCAAAACAAUAUUUACGUAAUAAGUCGACAUGGCAAAUCUAGGUUUUUAGCUGCAUGGAGUUUAGCUGAUCUUGCUAAAAGUAAUAAGAAUUUAUGGGAAUUUUCACCUAAAAGAGGCGACGAUGGCUUAAAAUACAUAUUACCAGAGGGAGGAAUCGGUGGAAAGGAAGGUUUGAGAAAUCAAUUUUUAGUAAUUGAAGGCUUGUAAAUUAAUGUUGUUAUUUAAUAUAAGAAUAUUAUAAAUAGUUAACCAUUUUACUUAUUAGUUUAAUUAAACUUAUUUUACUGUAGAUGUAUUUUGUUUAUAAAAUUGUUAUAAAUAAAACAUUUCAGAUUUGAAUGCAAAAUUUUAUUUGUACAAUAAAUACAAAUUAUAGUUGCAAAUCAAGAUAAAAUCUCAUAAUCACUUCGCUUAAUACAUUCAAGAAAUAAAAUAAUUCAAUACAAUUUUAUGUGUGUGAAUAAAUUUUCCACAUUUUAUGUGGUCAUCAUAUUAAAAACAGUCAAUCUGCUAAUAAUUGACUUGAAAUAUAUAUAUUUUUUUUUAUUAAAAUUUAAUAAUAAUGAAAUGUUUGUACUAAAUUAAAUAACUUAAAUGAGCUUAUUGAAGCAAUCACUUUUUGCUUGGGUUAAACAAAUAGGCUUGUGAUGAUUAUCAUGUUUUCUAUAUAUUCCAUAAUAUUGUUUCACACAAUUUGAUACAGAAACAACAACUUUUACUAUUGUAUAAUUUCAAUAUUGUAUGUAUACAUCUAAUACAAUAUAUUUUCAAAUAAGUAAAUUAGAAUUGCCAAGAUAGCAGAUAUGAGAUCAUUAACAUAGACAAUAUAAUUAAUUUUAGAACAUUAGUACCUCAUCUGAUUAUUUAUGUCAAAUAAUCCAACCAAUAAUUAAAUAAUCAAAAUAAAUUGUAGUAUUUUGCUUUGCCCAAUGUAGAGUAUUCUACUUGCUCCUGUUUGAAAGAAACUUAAUAAUCAUUUGAACAUUAUAAAAAAAUAAUAAAAUAUUUUAAAUUACCAGUCAAAGUAAUAAUACAACAUUACAUUUUCUGAAUAAACAAUAGAAUACAUAUGAAAUAUGCAUUAUGUAGUUUCAAAAAGUUUAUAAAUUAAUGUCAGUAGGCUAGGCCCCUAUAUAUUGUAUUUACAGCAUCUCUUUUGUGUUAUUUUGUAAUUAUCAUGGAAUGACAUAAAAUACACAAUUAAAAAUUUAAAUCCCGUGACUGUGUAUAGGCCAUUAUUACCGUUUCUAUUAUUAUUAUUCAAUGACUAUCUGAAAAAAUAGCACAGAAAGAAGGGUGCUGCUAGUAACUCAAUGAGAGAGAGACUAGAUCUAACAUCUGUUAGUUGAGAAUUAGAAUUCAUUUGAAGAUUGUAAUAACAAUUUGUAGGAAGUCUAUAGACAGACCACCUAACAUGUU